AACAAUUUUAAUCUGGAGGGUGUGUUUGAUUUUAAUUUUAGAGAUGCAUUGAGAGUUGAAAUUAGGCAGCUUUCCAAAGAUGUGUCCCCUGCUCAAAAGGUUGUAGUUGAAGAGAAACGACAAAAGCUAGCUGCAAGGAUUACAAAAUUUCAUGAGGUGGCUGAUGCCAUGAUGGAGGGGAUUGAAGUUAAUGCAGGUACAGAACAUACUGACGACAUCAGAUUUUGUGGUCCAGAUGUGGAGGAGCAUGGAUGGGAAGGUGCGCAUCUUGAAGAAGUUUUAGAUGAGGAAGCUCCUGCAGAAGCCAUGUGUAUUUGGAUGCCA